GCUGUGUGAGGAAUCGCCGGGAUGUGUGCAUGAUGUGUCUAUAUUUUCCAUUAUUUUACUGUAUCACAUUCUGGUGACACUUGUAGGGAUCGCUUUUAAUUCCUUAAAAGGUCAUGAAAUCAUAUGAUCAAGUUGAUCAACUUUUCAAGGUUUUCUAGUUCAAGUUCUGAGUGUGAAUGCUUACUAGUAAUUAGGUAAAUGUGAAGAGCUCUUUCCAAUUUGGAAAAUGUGAAUGCAAUCAUGAAUCGCUUUGCCAUAAGACAUGCAGUGAAAAGUAUUUUAUGUAUUUUGAUCUAUUUUUUCUUCUCAAUAUCAUUGACAUUCUAUCAGAAACAUCUCCUACAGGAGCUGCGCUUUCCACUCUCCAUCGUGUUGGCGCACCUGACGGUGAAAUUCCUGCUGGCGGCCGCGGUCCGAAACUACCUGGAAUGCACGUACCACACGCAGCGGACCACGCUGUCAUGGCGCGUCUUCUGGACCAAGAUGGCUGCACCAGGCGUGUUCAGCGCGCUAGACAUCGGUCUUUCACAGUGGAGCUUUGAGUUCAUCAGUGUUACACUUUACACAAUGACAAAAAGCACAUCGGUCAUAUUUAUUUACAUAUGUGCGCUAUUUCUUCGCAUCGAAAAAUUGCAAUGGUCGAUGGCUGUGAUAGUGAUGCUCAUCUCCGGAGGGCUGGUCACCUUCACCUACGAGUCGACCACCUUCCACCUGCUGGGCUUCCUGAUGGCGCUGACGGCUUCCGUCACCAGCGGCCUUCGCUGGACGCUCUCCCAGAUCCUGAUGCAGAAGGAGGAGCUCGGUCUGGCGAACCCAAUAGACAUGAUCUACCACAUCCAGCCCUGGAUGAUGGUUUCACUUCUGCCGUUCGCCGUAUUUUUCGAAGGCGCUGCGGUGGCCACCUCGGUCGACCUGUUCCUCUACGCUGAGCCGCGCCAGAUCGUCUCGUCGGCCGGUCGCGUCCUGCUCGGCUGCCUGCUGGCCUUUCUGAUGGACGCCGCCGAGUUCAUGGCGCUGCGAGUCACCUCCAGCGUCACACUCUGCGUGGCCGGCGUGUUCAAGGAGGUGUGCACGCUGCUGCUGGCCAUCCUGGUAGCCGGCGACGAGCUGGGCGCCCUGAAGGCCGUCGGCCUGGUCACCUGUGUGGCCGGCAUCACGCUGCACGCGGCGCUGAAGGCGCGCCGACUCCUGACCGGAGAGGGCGGCCCCGGCUCCGGCGAUCGGGGGGACGGACGGGUGACCGAGCUGCCGCUGCUGGCUCACUCGGACGACGACGAGGAUGAGGACGUACUGUUCCACCAGUCGAGCCACUGACCGGCCGCGGGGGUCGCACACGCAGAGAGGAUGAGAUAGAGACACAACACACUACGCACAGAGGGGCGAGAUACACACACACACACUACACUGAGAACAUGGGACAGAGUCGAACGUAAUCCAUUACACUGACAACUUACACCGGGCAGAGCCGGGUAAUUCGAUACACUAUUACACAUGCGCAAACAGCCAACAUCAGGACACAGUACAUACUACACCAGUCACACACGUAACACAAUUCGUACAGAGUGUAGACUAUGGGAGUGCGUGGAUAACUUAAAUCGUAUUGUGACAGGCUUGUUGAUGUGUUUUUGUGUUUUGUUUGAGGGUAUUGUACUUGAAGGGGCGACGUGUUGUCAUUAUUGCCCGUUUUAUCGGGCGUAUCGGCGUACAGUGUGGUGUGAAAUGCGACAUAAUCCGGUGCUGGGACCACAUUGGGUGUACGAAUUUCACGAAACGCGAAACGAUACACCCAUCGAAGAUGACCUACUGGUCUGGGGUGUAUGGUCAUAAGAGUUUUAUCCCUGACAUUUAUUUUUGCUCACUGGUCGUGUCCGUCUUGAUCGUUCGCCAAACGUCAAACUGACAUCAGUCUCGUAACCGCUACAUAGUGUGCGUGCCGUUCUGUCUAAUUUCUGUUUCCAAAGUGUGAUUUGGGAAACAGCCAUAGAGUUUAUCAUGUAUUCCGUGAGUCUCAAUGUUGACGCUUUCAAUCUGCUGUUUCGCUCCAACAACUUGGGAACUCUUGUGAGAACAAAUUGACCAGAAUGCCAUCGAUGCUAACUUAUCGGGACCAAUGCAUUGCAAGAAUGCUGCCACUAACUGCAAUGGCUUGGUAGCGGUAUCAAGCUUUAUUCGGGUUGGAUUUGGGGUCUCUGCCGGGCAUACCUGCGAUUGCGAACAAUCAUUCCAUCAUCGAUAAUACAUUGUUAUGCUA